CCAUUUCGUAUGUGCAUUUGUUCUUUGGCAUCCUCAGGGUUAAUUGUUUGCUUUACUCAGAGUUGAAAUUGAGGAUGUUUGGAAAGAAAUGUCUUCAUUCUUUGUAUUAAAUGUUGGUUGAGUGUGCUUAGCUUUCAUCCAUGUGAGAGUGAAACUCCCCUUGCAAUGAUUUUUUAAAAAAUGCUAAUUCCUUCAUCUCUGGGAAAAACAGGUAGGAGCUCUAAAGAUGUUUGCUAAUUUCCUUCACUUGAGGGCUCAUAGAAGUUUGGUAAGCAGAAGUGAUAACUGUGACUUCUUCCGUUGUCCGCUUCCAUCCUACUGAACACUUGGUUCCCACAGAGGAAGCCAUCCUGCUGAAGUCAGCCUCUAGGGAGCUUCCUUUUGUUUCUUCAAGAUUAACCAGUUCUGCCCUGGCAGCAGUAUCAGGCAACUCUGGAAGGAGAGGCUCUUCUGGGCUUUUGGUAUUUUUCCAAGGAGUGUUUUUUCUCCCCCAAUUCCUCACUGGUAGUGAAGCUGCUUUCCUACAACUCUGCCUUCUUCAGAUGAGAUGCUGAUUCUGAUCUGCCAUCUAGCAGCUUCCGGUAGCGAUCAACUGUUGAACCCUGGUGAAAAAUAAUCAGCUGCAAUAAUGUUCUGCAGUAAAAAGAAAUCACUUGAAGUAGAACGGAUAGUGAAAGCCAAUGACCGUGAACAUAAUGAAAAGUUCCAGUACGCAGAUAAUUGUAUCCACACAUCCAAGUACAACAUUCUUACCUUUUUGCCAAUUAAUUUAUUUGAACAGUUCCAAAGAGUGGCAAAUGCCUAUUUCCUUUUCCUUCUGAUUUUACAGCUGAUUCCAGAAAUCUCUUCCUUGACCUGGUUUACCACCAUGGUGCCUUUGGUCCUGGUGAUAAGUAUGACAGCUGUCAAAGAUGCCACAGAUGACUAUUUUCGCCAUAAGAGUGAUAAUCAAGUGAAUAAUCGGCUAUCUGAAGUGCUCAUCGACAGCAAACUGCAGAAUGAAAAAUGGAUGAAUGUCAAAGUGGGAGACAUCGUUAAAUUAGAAAAUAACCAGUUUGUUGCUGCUGAUCUGCUUCUCCUAUCAAGUAGUGAACCACAUGGCCUCUGUUAUAUUGAAACUGCUGAGCUUGAUGGGGAAACGAACCUGAAAGUCCGCCAUGCGCUAUCAGUUACCUCAGAACUUGGAGCAGAUAUUAGCAGACUUGCAAAGUUUGAUGGGACUGUUGUCUGUGAGGCGCCUAACAACAAAUUAGAUAAAUUCACAGGAGUUCUCUCUUGGAAGGACAGCAAGCACUCCCUCAACAAUGAGAAGAUAAUCCUUAGGGGCUGCAUCCUGAGAAACACCAGCUGGUGUUUCGGAAUGGUUAUAUUUGCAGGUCCUGACACUAAAUUAAUGCAGAACAGUGGUAAGACAAAGUUUAAGAGGACAAGCAUUGAUAGACUGAUGAAUACUCUAGUACUAUGGAUUUUUGGGUUUCUGGUAUGCAUGGGAGUUAUUCUCGCAAUUGGAAAUUCAAUCUGGGAGAAUCAAGUUGGGGACCAAUUCAGAACUUUCCUCUUUUGGAAUGAAGGAGAGAAGAACUCUGUGUUCUCGGGAUUCUUAACAUUCUGGUCAUAUAUUAUUAUUCUCAAUACAGUUGUGCCCAUUUCAUUAUAUGUGAGUAUGGAAGUCAUUCGUCUGGGACACAGUUAUUUUAUAAACUGGGAUCGGAAGAUGUAUUACCCUGAAAAAGCAACACCUGCUGAAGCUCGGACGACCACUCUCAAUGAGGAACUGGGCCAGAUUGAAUACAUUUUCUCUGACAAAACAGGCACCCUCACUGAAAACAUCAUGACUUUUAAAAAAUGUUCUAUUAAUGGGAAAAUCUAUGGUGAAGCUGAUGAUGACAUGGGUCAGAAGACAGACAUGACUAAGAAAAAUGAACCUGUGGAUUUCGCAGUCAAUCCCCAAGCAGAUAGAACAUGUCAGUUCUCUGACCACCGUCUGAUGGAAUCCAUUAAACUGGGGGAUUCCAAAGUGUAUGAAUUUCUUAGGGUACUUGCUCUUUGCCACACCGUCAUGUCGGAGGAAAAUAGUGCAGGGCAGCUGAUUUACCAAGUUCAGUCACCUGAUGAAGGGGCUUUGGUGACUGCUGCAAGAAAUUUGGGGUUCAUUUUUAAGUCUCGAACCUCAGAGACAAUAACAAUAGAAGAAUUGGGAACACUGGUUACUUACCAACUUCUUGCCUUCUUGGACUUCAACAAUAUCAGAAAAAGGAUGUCUGUCAUAGUUAGAAACCCAGAAGGACAGAUAAAGCUUUAUUCCAAAGGAGCAGACACUAUUCUGUUUGAAAAACUUCAUCCAUCCAAUGAAGACCUUCUGACUUUGACGACAGACCAUCUCAGUGAAUUUGCAGGGGAAGGUCUUCGAACUUUGGCUAUCGCAUACAGAGAUCUGGAUGACAAGUACUUUAAAGAAUGGCAUAAGAUGCUUGAAGAUGCAAAUACUCUUAUAGAUGAGAGAGAUGAACGGGUAGCUGGGCUAUAUGAAGAAAUUGAAAGGGAUUUGAUGCUACUAGGUGCUACUGCUGUAGAAGAUAAGUUACAAGAGGGUGUUAUUGAAACGAUUACAAAUUUAUCGCUAGCCAAUAUUAAGAUCUGGGUCCUAACAGGAGACAAACAAGAAACUGCCAUCAAUAUUGGUUAUGCCUGCAACAUGCUGACUGAUGAUAUGAAUGAUGUGUUCAUUAUAUCAGGGAACACGGCAGUGGAAGUCAGAGAAGAACUCAGAAAAGCAAAGGAAAAUUUGUUUGAACAAAACAGAAGUUUUUCCAACGGCCAUGUAGUUUUUGAAAAACAGCAGCUGGAGUUGGACUCAGUUGUAGAAGAAACCAUAACAGGAGAUUAUGCCUUAAUCAUCAAUGGCCACAGUUUGGCCCAUGCCCUAGAAAGUGGUAUCAAGGGUGAUCUCCUAGAACUUGCCUGCAUGUGUAAGACUGUGGUUUGCUGCCGAGUCACCCCACUCCAGAAAGCCCAAGUAGUAGAGCUGGUGAAGAAGUACAGAAAUGCUGUCACUUUGGCCAUAGGUGAUGGAGCCAAUGAUGUCAGCAUGAUCAAAAGUGCUCACAUUGGUGUUGGCAUCAGCGGUCAGGAAGGAAUGCAGGCAGUCUUAGCCAGUGACUAUUCAUUCGCACAAUUUAGAUACCUCCAAAGGCUUCUCCUUGUUCAUGGAAGGUGGUCCUAUUUCCGAAUGUGCAAAUUCUUAUGCUAUUUUUUCUAUAAGAAUUUUGCAUUCACACUUGUGCAUUUCUGGUUUGGUUUCUUCUGCGGCUUCUCAGCCCAGACCGUUUACGACCAGUGGUUCAUUACCCUUUUUAACAUUGUUUACACAUCACUUCCUGUUUUAGCCAUGGGGAUUUUUGACCAGGAUGUGGAUGACCAGAACAGCAUGGACUAUCCCCAGCUCUAUGAACCUGGACAGCUCAAUCUGCUGUUUAACAAGCGUAAAUUUUUUAUCUGCAUGGCACAUGGCAUCUACACCUCAUUGGCCCUUUUCUUCAUACCCUAUGGAGCCUUUUACAAUGUGGCCGGAGAUGAUGGGCAGCACGUUGCUGACUACCAGUCUUUUGCAGUUACCAUGGCUACAUCGUUGGUCAUUGUGGUCAGUGUGCAGAUAGCAUUGGAUACCAGUUACUGGACUGUCAUUAAUCAUGUCUUCAUCUGGGGAAGCGUUGCCACUUAUUUCUCCAUUUUAUUUACAAUGCACAGUAAUGGCAUCUUUGGCAUCUUCCCAAACCAGUUUCCAUUUGUUGGAAAUGCACGACAUUCUUUGGCCCAGAAGUGCAUCUGGCUGGUUAUUCUCUUAACGACAGUGGCUUCUGUUAUGCCUGUGGUGGCAUUCAGAUUUUUGAAAGUGGAUUUAUGCCCAGCCCUGAGUGACCAGAUCCGUCGGAGGCAAAAAGCUCAAAAGAAGGCAAAGCCCUCACGAAGCCGAAGGCCUCAGACUCGCAGGUCAAGCUCAAGAAGAUCUGGAUAUGCUUUUGCUCACCAAGAGGGCUAUGGAGAGCUUAUCACAUCUGGAAAAAAUAUGCGAGCUAAAAAUCCACCCCCAACACCAGGGCUGGAAAAGACACUGUAUAAUAGCACUAGCUGGAUUGAAAAUUUAUGUAAGAAAACCACAGACACAGUGAGCAGCUUUAGCCUGGAUAAAACAGUGAAACUGUGAGUCAAGAUGAAUUUAAACCACAUAGCUACUUUUCACUUCAGCCGAAGCUGAAAUUCAGCUGGCUCCAGAGUUUGCAAUCAGGGGCUGAGGUGGGCAGAUUGCCUCAGUUCAAAUCUCUGGCAAACAACUGCCAGGGCCCACCAAAUAGGGGUGCACUCUCUGGGAAACCAGGCCAGAUGGUCACUGUCUAAUUUGUGAUUUGCUGGGCAAAGGCCUCACAAUACAAACAGAGGUUUCUCUUACCAACCUAGAUACCAACUAAACUGAACUUUAGAAUCUUAAUAAUGGAGAAAAAUUUGUAACUCUGCAUAUACAUUGAAUGGAUCUUCAAGUAGAUAAAACGAGUGCAAUCAAAAGGUAUACAUCUGAGCUGUGAAAAGCAUGCUUGUUGACAGAUAAGCAUGUAUAUGUGAGAUCAGCCUUUCCCCAAAUACAUUUUUAAGAUGUA